CUCGCCUGGGGCGGCAGCAGCCGCAUCAUAAACGGCGAGGACUGCCGCCCGCACUCGCAGCCCUGGCAGGCGGCCCUGUUCUUGGAAAAUGAAUUCUUCUGCGGGGGCGUCCUGGUGCAUCCGCAGUGGGUGCUGUCAGCCGCACAUUGUUUCCAGAAGUCCUAUACCAUCGGGCUGGGCCUGCACAGUCUUGAGGCCGACCAAGAACCAGGCAGUCAGAUGAUAGAAGCCCACCUCUCCAUCCAGCACCCAGAGUACAACAAACCAUCUUUCGCCAACGACCUCAUGCUCAUCAAGUUAGAAGAAUCGGUGCCCCCGUCUGAUACCAUCCAGGAUAUCAGCAUAGCCUCCCAGUGCCCGGCCGCCGGGGAUUCCUGCCUGGUUUCCGGCUGGGGUCGGCUGGUGAAUGGCAGACUGCCCAAAGUGCUUCAAUGCGUGAAUAUCUCAGUGGUGUCGGAGGAGAUCUGCAGUGAACUCUAUGCCCACGUGUACCACCCCAGCAUGUUCUGCGCUGGUGGAGGCCAGGACCAGAAGGACUCCUGCCAUGGUGACUCCGGGGGCCCCCUGGUCUGCAACGGGUCCCUGCAGGGCCUUGUAUCCUUUGGACAAGCCCAGUGUGGCCAACCUUACGUGCCAAGCGUCUACACCAACCUCUGCAAGUUCGCGGACUGGAUACAGAAAACCAUCCAGGCCAGUUAACUCCUGCGACUGGGACUCAUGAAAUUGAACCCCAAAAUAUAAGCUGCUGAAGGAAUUCAGGAAUCUGGGUUCCCAGUGCCUUCCACCCUCAGAUCCAGGAGUCUAGACCCCCACCCCCAACCCCAGGAGUCCUGUCCCACCGAGAAUCUUUUCUUGCACACGGUGCCCCCUAGCGGCACGAUGUUGAGACCGCCUUACCAUUGGUAGAGAAAGUUGAUUUUUCACUGUUUUUGUCCCUUCCCUUAAGCCCUGAAAUAAAGUCUAAGAGAGC